AUGCUGUGCGUGGGGUUCCACUCUCUACGCCCUCUAUCCUCGGGCGGAGGAACCAACCAGUCGACUACUUGCGGGGGAAUCAACAAGACAGCAUCAGUUGUCAAUCUGAUGGCAGGAGAGGUCAGAAAAGGAGCAGACGAGUCGGACACCUCCGCUCUCCAAGAGGGCCCGGUAGAGCAUUACUCCUACAGCAACGUAACCAGGACCUUCGACGUACUAGCCACGGGGAAUCCCGGAUACCCCGCCCCCACGAGCACUAUUCCAGAAGCCCUGAUGCACCAGAACUCGUACGCUGCAUUGGGAUUUUUCACGUACAACUUGCGCCCGGUCUUCACGGUGCAGCUUCCCGACAACGCCGUCAUCAGCGGAUUACAGUACAUGCCGCUGCGCAGCGACAGGCUUCCGUUUAUUGUUGUGAGUUAUAACCUUCCGUCUGCCGAGCAGGCCGACGCCGAGGACGGAUUCGUAGCAGUCUAUAGCAUGAAGAUCUCGUACUCUCCGAAGGAGGAGUAUGCGGUAGAGCUUGUUGCGAACUUUCUGUUCAGCAACAACACCGUGUGCGACAUCGCACCCUACACAAACCACCGCGUAGCUGUCUCGCUGCGAACCGCCAUAAUCAUCCUUGCCUUGGUAACAGACAAAGACCUGGCCCAAGAGGACAUUACGAGGGACACGCACGGGCUUCACUUUGGUCAAUCCAUAGGAAAGCCGUUUAUGAGCACGGAGUACCAACUGCUGGAGGUGUACGGCUGCACCGGGCCUGCGCUGCUUCUGAAGCUAGGCACGGCGUACUCCCAAGUGACUAUACUGGAUAUGCUCAAGGGCGUGACGCUCAUGAGCGACGGGCUAAGGACUGCGCACACUACUCUGGAGCAGCCCCGCCUGGUAAUCCAGUCACAGCUCUUGCAGCGGAUGAUCCCGGCGUGCAUCUAUCAGAUAGGCGUCGACGGACCGAUACUGGUUGGGGAUCGCGCAGGGUACAUACACAUCAUCAAACUGCACAGCUCGCAGGGGCUGAAGACUGUCGCAUCCCAUUACGUCGGGGAGCAGGUCGUCUGCUUCGGCCCCGCGCCAGGCCAUCGAAGGGAGAGCAGCGCCGUCGCGACGAGCAGAAGCCACGCGUCUGGUCGGCAGCUCAUUGAGCCGUAUCCUCCCAUACUAUACGCGACGAUAGGCGGCCAAAUAGGAGUCAUCAUAAAGGUCACCGAGCAGUGCUCGGCAAUGCUUUGCCUAGCAGAAAGCGCCAUGCAGCAGAAGGGCCGAGCUCGCCGGGAUCCAGACGCCCUCAUAGACCUGGGCACCCUGGAGCGGUACAGACACCUCGAUGAGGACGAAAAGCAGCUCGUAGUAGCCGGCCUUCUUUCAGCGAAAUUCGACGGGCUCACCGCAGACGUCCUCGCGAGCACCAUUGGAGAAGUCGCAAGGUUCGCGGCCCCCUGGUGA